AUUCGUUUACUUCCUCGAAAUAUAAAUGGAAAUAAACAGAGAUUUUAUUUUAAUAAUGAGAAGAAAUCAAUAAAUAUUUCAACAAGGAUGUUUCUUACAGUGCCUUAAUACCAGUGCAAUCUAUAAAUAAAAAACUAAUGCAAAACUUCCUUUACGAAUUUAAUUUGUUUUCAUUAUGACAAAGCGCCGAAGAAUCGUUCAAGCUGAUAAAAUUAUAGCCCAAGUGUUUUGUUUGUUAAUGUUUUUACAGUUAAAAGGUUACUAUGCAGUACCUAACAAUCCUGUUUUAUUAUAUUCAACUGCCUCGGAUAUAAGACUCUUAAAUGUGUCAAAACCGGGUAAAGUUAACCCUAUAAUUAAAGGAUUAGAACAAGGAUCUGCUGUUGAUUUUUUGUUUACAAAGGACUUGAUAUGCUGUUCCGAUCAAACUGCAGAAUUAAUACAAUGUAUGACUUAUAAUGAAACAUAUUCUGGUGAAAAAGAAAGAAUAGUUUCUGAAGGUUUGAUAACUCCAACUGGUAUUGCUAUAGACUGGUACACUGACAAAAUAUAUUGGACAGAUGGUGAAACAAAUAGAAUAGAAGUUAUUAGUAUAAAUCAAAAAUUUAGAAAAGUAUUAUUUUGGUCUGAAGUUGACUUAGCUAGAGCUAUUGCGGUUGUUCCAAAAGAUGGAUUAAUGUUUUGGACUGACUGGGGUGAGAUACCUAAAAUAGAAAGAGCUGGUAUGAAUGGUGAUCAGUCAUCUCGUAAAGUUAUCGUAAAAGAUGAUAUAUUCUGGCCUAACGGUAUCACUAUUGACUAUGAUAAUGAAAUCAUAUAUUGGGCUGAUGCUAAACUACAGUUUUUAGAUGCAAUUGAUUUCAAUGGUGGUAAAAGAAAGAGGAUAAUCAAAGGAGGUUUAGAAUAUCCGUAUGCACUUACAUUUUUUAAUGACAAACUUUAUUGGACUGAUUGGAAAACUUGGACGAUCUACACAUGGGAUAUAGCCACAAAUGGUCCUAUAAAGGAUGUCAUAAAAUCUAAUCCAGUACCCGUUGACAUCAAAGUGUUUGAUGCCAGUAGACAGUUGAUGCCUACAGGAGAUUAUCCUUGUAAACAUAAUAAUGGGGGUUGUUCACAUCUCUGUCUUCUUUCUCCUACUUCACCAGGUUACAUGUGUGCCUGUCCGACAGGUGUAAAGUUGAAAGAGAACAGCAAUACAACUUGUUACAGCUCUCCGCAGUCAAUACUGUUGGUUGCACAGCGGACUAUUAUAUCCAAGAUUUCUUUAGAUUCUCCAGAUUUUACACCCUAUACAGUCCCAGUUAAGGAUCUCAAAAGAGCUCUCAGCGUUGACUUUGAUACAAAGACUGAAUAUAUGUAUUGGGCCGAUAGCUUGUCAAAGACAAUAUCCCGGGCACGUUUGGAUGGAAGUGAGCAGUCUGUGGUGAUACACAGCUAUGGAGUGCCUGAUAGUAUCGCCAUAGACCCCUUAGCCCGGAACAUCUACUGGACAGAUCCUGCCACUGACACUAUCAAUGUUGCCAGACUUAAUUUUAAUUUUAAAAAGGUCAUAAUUCAUGAAGAUCUACUUGAUCCUCGAGCGAUAGCAUUACAUCCUAAAGCCGGUCUGAUGUUCUGGUCUGAUUGGAAUGAAAAGAAACCCAAGAUAGAGCGAGCAAAUUUAGACGGCACGGGCAGAGUGUUGCUGAUCUCGGAGAAGUUGACUUGGCCGAAUGGUAUAGCAAUAGAUACUGUUAACAAUAGACUGUACUGGGGUGAUGCUAGGAUACAUAAAAUUGAAGUGAGCAAUAUGGAUGGUACGGACAGAAGGGAAUUGCACAACAGUGACAUUCUGCACGUCUUUGGUUUAUCACUGUUGGGUGACCAUCUGUACUGGUCGGACAUGCAGAGACGGACACUGGAUAGAAUCGAUAAAGAUACUGGUCUGGAUCGUCAGCUAGUUGCUGAGCAGAUGGCCAACAUGAUGGGUGUGAAGGCAUUCCGUUUGGGCGAGUCGCUCGGCGACAACCGCUGCAGCGAGGACAAUGGCGGCUGCUCACAUUUCUGUUUCAACAGGCCUAGUGAAUACAUCUGUACAUGUCCAUUGGUGAUGGAGUUGAAAAGGGACAGAAAGACUUGUAUAGAUCCAGAUGCGUUCUUAGUUUACAGUCGUAAGAAUAUAAUUGGCAUAAUCAGCAUUGAUAAUGAAGAUAACGAGGAAGUGUUGCCUGUUAAAGAUUUGAAGGAAGUCAGUGCAUUAGCGGCUCACGUGUCUGGGGGCAAGUUGUACUGGUCGGACAGUAAAACUAAAACAAUCAACCGUUCCUCUAUCGAUGGAUCCUUUAUGGAGAAAAUACUGGAAUGGAUGGGUUUGGUUGAAGGACUAGCGAUAGAUUGGUCAGCUCAGAAUAUCUAUUGGACGGACACGAGCUCGCAGAGGAUCGAAGUGGCUCGUCUUGAUGGCUCCAGUCGUCGCGCUCUCAUUUGGCAAGGACUCAAGAAACCCAAGAGCAUAGUGCUUGAUCCCAAGAAAGGUUACAUGUAUUGGUCAGAGUUAGGUUCAAAGAGUAUAAAGCGCGCGGCCAUGGACGGUACGUCCCCGACCGUGUUCAUAGAGCAAGUGGGGCGCGUACACGCUCUGGCCAUAGACUACGAGACGCGCACGCUGUACUGGGCGGCGCUCGACCCGCCCGCCAUAGAGUACGCAUUCCUUAAUGGCACUGGCAGGAGGAUAUUGGCUAAUAAUAUUUCAAUGCCGUAUGCACUUACUAUCUAUGGUGAUCGCGUGUUUUGGGGAGAUUGGAAUACUGGUCUAGUGGAAUCAGCAAAGAAGACGGACGGCGGUGACAGAGCACGUCUCCACAGUGGGUUAGAUUACAUCUCGGACUUGAAGGUGUAUCCUCGAGGCCGGGAGCCUGACGGCAGCCAGUGCGCGGUGGACAAUGGCGGCUGCGAGCACCUCUGUCUCCCGCGCCCUGACGACUACCGCUGCGCCUGUCCGGCACACUACCGCCGCAAUCCGGACAACUUGACCUGCUCCGAGCCAGAAGAGUACCUGCUGUUUGCCCAAAAGAAUGCAAUAGGUCGGAUUAUGGUUGCAACUGGAGAGGUCAACGAUGCCUUUAUACCGUUGACUGGACUGAAGAGUGUCAAGGCAAUAGAAUAUGAUCCCGUCAGCAAGAAUCUUUAUUGGAUGGAUGACGACUCACACGCAAUACGUCGUGUGCCCAUAUCGUAUUCAACGACCUCCGCGAUCACAGACUCGCAUCCCGUGGUGACAGGUCUUUCCAGACCGUUCCACAUGGUGCUGGACGUGAUAGGUCGCGCCCUCUACUGGACUUGUCUGGACGGAGACUCGAUCAAUGCGACCUCUAUCGUCAAUUCCUCUCUAACAGGCGUUAUACUUCGCGGAGAUAAGAUGUUGCCUAGACAUUUAGCGUUUCAUCAAACUAAAAGGGUGUUGGUAUGGAACGACGUGGGCGUGGGCGCGAUAAUGCGCGCUAACGCGGACGGCACUGGGCGCGCGGAGCUGGCGGGCGCGCCCAACGCCACUGCGCUCGCCCUCGACCAGACCUCCGCCACCGUCUACUGGGCUCUCUCCCGUCAGAUACACGCCGUGGAUCUCGAUGGAAACAACAAACGCGUGGUGUGGCAGGGCGGGUGGUGUGGCACGCUGGCGGCGUACGGCGGCGCGCUGUACUUCAGCGGCGGCGAGCGCGCUCUCAUGCGGGUGCCUCUGCACCGCCGCGAGGCCCCCGCCGCGCCUGUCUCACACCUCGCCCGCCUCGCCGCACUAUUACCCGUCAAUAAGGUGGCUCGAGAGCACGUGUGCUGGGCCAGCAAGUGCGGUCAGGCGCCUGGCGCGUGCUUGGCGGGUGGUGGGUGCGGCUGCGCACUGCGCUGUGCUCCGCAGCCAGCCUGCCAGCCCGACCAGGUGCCGUGCGCUCCAUCGCCCGACCGCCCACCGCACUGCAUACCCCGCGCCUGGAAAUGCGACGGCACGGUGGACUGCCCGGAUGGAUCGGAUGAGGGCGCUGAGUGCGGUGCAUGCGCAGCGGGUGCGGGCUUGCGCUGCGCGGACGGCUCGUGCGCACCCGCGCUCGGAGCCUGUCCCACUGGCGCCUACUGCGCCACACCACUGCCCGCCGCCUUCCGUUGUGACCAACGCCUGUGCCUGGCACCUGCACUAUUGUGCGACGGCCGGCUGCACUGCGAGGACGGCUCCGACGAGCUACCCUCUGCUUGCGGAUACGGACAAAAAGAACCGCCGGUGCGGGAGUCGCGCGCGCUGGUGGUGUGCGGCGCGCUGGCGGCGGUGGGGGCGGGGCUGGCGGGCGCGUGGGCGGCGCUGCGCCGGUGUCGUCGCCGCGCCCCUCGCACCCCACCGCCCCGCCCUCUCGUACCCAUCAAGCCGCCUCCGCCCCGCGCCAGACCACUCGGCGCCAGCUCCUCUGACUUGGUGUGCAGUUCGUUCGAUGAUCGUGCGACGGAGAGCCUAUGCGAGCGUUACCCGCGCCCGACGGCCAACCCCCCGCCGAGCCCCGCCACGGCCAGCAGUGGGAACGCGGGCCGUCGCCGCGCCUACCGCCACUACCGCGCCAUGAACCGCCCCCCGCCGCCCACGCCCGCCUCCACUGACGCCUGCGAGUCUGAGCCCGAGCCUGCCGCACGCGCCCCCCCACCCUCGCCCGCACCACUCGUCUACUGACACUCACUAUAAACAAAAAAAAUAAUUAAAUUGUUUAACUUUCGUGAGACAUCAUAAUU